CAUAAAAUAUUCAGCAGCAUCUCUCCAGCUGUCUGCGACCAGCUGCUGGCUUUGGGCUUUUUAAUUAUUUUUAGUUGCAACCGAAGAAUCAUAAAAAAUUUUUCCCUUUCUGUUAGAAGAAGAAACAUUUUCAUUUUGUAUUUUUAAGCGUUUUUUAAAACUUUUUUUACACCAUGUGGACCUUCCUGGGAGUUGCAACUUUCACAUAUCUUUACAAAAAGUCCAACAUGCUGCUGAGUUUGGCUCAUAAGGAGCUGGUCCUGAUAGCAGCGUUGUUUCUCACAGCCGGACUGCUGAUCUCAUAUAUCAGAUUUGUUCAUGGUCAGAAACUCUCAGUCUCUCAGAUAGUAUAUUUGCCUUUGAGCGUCUUGUCAUUUUUACCUCUUGUCAGCCGCUUAAUCCCUCAAACUGCAGCUCAAACGAGCAAGAAAGCAGAGAAGAACCCUAAAAAGAAUAAGAGAACAAGAAUAAGAGCUGACACAGAGUCCUCUAGUGCAGAGGGUGCAUCACUCUGUGGCUCCUCUGAGGGCCCGGAGCCAGAUGUAGUAAUAGUUGGGGCCGGGGUCCUAGGCUCAGCCAUGGCGGCUGUCCUGGCCAGGGAUGGGAGGAGGGUGACGGUGGUGGAGAGGGACCUGAAGGAACCUGACAGGAUCGUGGGGGAGCUGCUCCAGCCUGGGGGACUUAGAACCCUCACAGAGCUGGGACUGGAAGGUUCAGUGGAAGGUCUGGACGCCCACCAGGUGAACGGCUAUGUGAUCCAUGACAUGGAGACCCAGUCAGAGGUGGAGGUCCCUUAUCCUCGGGAGAAGGGAAGAGUCCAGUGUGGACGAGCUUUCCAUCAUGGCCGAUUUAUAGUGGGACUGAGGAGAGCUGCCAUGGCUGAGCCAACUGUCAAGUUUAUAGAAGGCACCGUGACCAGUUUGCUUGAGGAGGAUGGGUGUGUAACUGGAGUGCAGUACAAGGAUAAAGGAACUGGAGAAGUCAAGGAUAUCCACGCCGGGCUGACUGUGGUGGCUGACGGCUGCUUCUCCAAAUUCAGAAAGUCUCUUGUCUCUGGGAAAGCUCGCACCUCCUCUCACUUUGUUGGAUGCCUCAUGAAGGACUGUCCCCAGUUUAAGGCCAACCAUGCCGAGCUGGUUCUGGCCAACCCCAGCCCGGUGCUCAUCUAUCAGAUCUCCUCCUCUCACACCAGGGUGCUUGUAGACAUCAGAGGGGAGAUGCCUCGGGACCUUCCAGGGUAUAUGGCUGAGAAAAUAUACCCACAGCUGCCAGAGCAUUUAAAGGAGCCUUUCAUGGAGGCGCUACAGAACGAUCGCCUCAGGUCCAUGCCUGCCAGCUUCCUCCCUCCUUCCCCUGUCAACAAACCAGGUGUGCUCCUCCUGGGCGACGCCUACAACAUGAGGCAUCCUCUGACGGGGGGAGGGAUGAGUGUUGCCCUCAACGACGUAAACAUCUGGAGGAGUCUGCUCAGGAACAUUCCAGAUCUAUACGAUGAGACAGCUUUGUUACAGGCAAAGAAAAAAUUCCACUGGGAACGCAAGUCAUCACAUUCCUUUGUAGUGAAUGUGUUGGCGCAGGCCCUGUAUGAGCUGUUUGCGGCCACUGACGAUUCCCUUCAUGAGCUAAGAAAAGCCUGUUUCCAGUAUUUUAAACUUGGUGGACAGUGCAUUACUGGGCCCAUUGGACUCCUCUCAGUCUUAUCACCUAAACCCAUGACCCUUAUUGGACACUUCUUUGCCGUGGCGCUGUAUGCAAUGUACUACAACUUCAAGUCUGAAUCGUGGAGCACCAAACCUCGAGCUCUGUUUAAGAGCGCCGCCAUCCUGUACCGGGCCUGCACCGUCUUGUUCCCACUCAUCUAUUCUGAACUGAAGUACCUGGUCUACUAGAGAGUACAACAUGGGGACAUAUGAUGAACCACGCCUCCACCCUAACUGCCCUGUUUGUGUUUUAGUUCUGGUGACUAUAACACCGAUCAGGUGCAUCGGUUGCGACAGACAACAGGCCUGCUUUACAGAAGACAUUUUGGCUUGAGUCUUUGAUUUGACCUCAGAGUAGGACAAGUGCAGAUGUUUUUAACUGCAACCCACUUCUGCAUCUGUGCAUGUUGGCUGUUAGUAGACCAAAUUCACCUGGCCUUGUCUUUCUCUUUAACCGUAUAUGUUUGAAUAUGGACUAAUUAGGCAGGAAUGCCUUAAAGGCCAUUUUUUGAACAGGGAGCCCUUUCUGCUGCAGAUUUUAUCUGGGACCUAGCUAAGAGCCUGACCCUUGUAUGUAUAUUUUUGUGUUGCAAUUUGUUUUGUAAUGUUGAUGAAAAACUAAUUUUUAUAUUUUAAAUUGAAAGCACAGAUAUGGGGAUGCCAAACCGAAGGCUUUUGUAUUUUUUUUCCAAACAAAAUUCCUUUGUACUUUCAGUUGGUUUUACUGAGCAAAGGACCUACAGUACUUUCAGUAAAACAUUUGGUAUUUCCAGUCUUUGCCCGCCUGGAUUUUGUGUAAAUAUAUUAACUUAAGAGAAAUGGGAAUAGGUCAUGGGAUAACAUAAUGGCAUCACUAUUUUUAUUUACAUUGCUAUACUUUAAUGGGAUUAGUUUUAUUUAUAAAAUUCAAAGCAUAAUUAAAAUCAUUUCUAAAGUUUUAAGUUGA